AUGACAACAGAAACUAAUACAGAUAAGAAAGAUAAUGACUCAAUCUAUAAUGAUGCUGAUGGAAAAAUUCAGGAUGAAGAAAAAAAUAUUGAAAAAAAAUUGGAUGAUGACUUUGAAUUGAUCUCAGCU